AGAUGAAGACAGAAGUCAAGUUAAUAUCCUUCCUUCAAGCCUUUUUUAAUGCGAAGGUAAUUUAAAUACAUUUUCAACAUUACUCAGUAUAUUUAUGCAGUGAUAUUAGUCUUAGUUUGGGGUGGGGCUUUUUGUCACAUUUAUACAUAGAUGCCUCGCUCCUAUACGUAAAUAAACGCUCAAAGGCGUUGCAUGAUUUUAAUUGUGUGUGACGCCGGCAACUGAUAUGUUGACUAUUUUAAGUUUGCGGAUGUGUUGAGUCUUUGACUUGUCUCAAGCGGUUAAAUAUGGGAUAUAGCCAUAUAUAAUUUAAUGCCAAUAGCAAUUUUAGGAAGGAAAUCGUUCAAGUAUUCAGGUUGAUUAUGUCCUCAAUGAUGACUGGAAUAGAGUAAACAUGUAUGAAUGUAUGUUAAAAUUCCUUGCAGUUUUCUUCAUUAUUUAAAAAAAAAUCAAGACUUUUAAAUGCUUUUAGAUAGAUUUACUUGACAGUAAAUCAGAGACAGAACUGAAUGUGUGUUUGUUUGUGAGUAAAUUCUAGUUUAUGACGUCUUUCCUCAAGGGAAACUGUGUUUGAGAGAACUGGACCGUGGCCUGUCAGACCAGCCAGACUGCAGACAAACCAUUAGACUGAAAAUAAUUAAACACUUGAAAAGCAUCAACAGUCAUUCAGAAUAAGCGAUGACGACAGAUAUGAAAUAGUGUUUGAGAGAUACAACAUAAUGUGAUAUGGGUGUGUGAGCUUAGAGAAAGAACAUGAAGUCUUGAGCGCGAGCUGCGUAGGGUGUGUCAGCGUUUAUCUAUGGAAUGCAAAAUGAUUAUUUUUUUUUAAUUAUCUUAGCAACUUUCUGGGUAUGAGGAUCUGUGAACUUUUCCAGUGUUGAAGAUUACUCGAUAAUCUUAUGUCUCUUAUGAUCUUAAAUACCUCAAGACGUAGAUCAAAUGCUUAAAGUUAAAUCUUUAGUCAAAAAUCAGUUUGUUUUAUCUUUAUAUACACAAUAUAGGGGGACCCUGAUAUAGUAUAUCACGAAGAAUGUACACAACCUACUUUAAAUUCAGCAUUGAAAUAUGAAAUAUAAGAUCUUUUUUAAAUCAUUUUUCGGUCAGUAAAUUGUUUUUAUAAACUUUUAUUUGUGUUAUUUUAUAUGAUUAACAGUUUUUCUAAAAGGUGGAAAAUCAUAAUGAAAAAUGAACAGGUUUCCAAACUUUCAACUGGCAGUUUAUGUAUUUAAGUGUCAUUUGCAUACAUGUUUUAUGUUACAUGUCAAUCUUCAAAUCUUUCUGACAUGGUUGAUGUUUUCUUUUCACUGUACUCGAGUGGAAGUGUGUUGGGUGUGCAGGUUCACCCUGCGGCUGUUCUUUGAUGUCACGCAUGUCCCCCUCCGUUCUGAAUGUAGUAACGAAACAUUUAAGCGUUGAUGGUUUUUUACAUUUACACCAUGCACACAAAGAGAGAAAAAGCAAAUCAAGUUUUUUUAAUUUAUGUGCAUGAUAUGGCCUCAAAUGAAGAUUUAAAAACAACACAAAAAAAUAAUUUCUAAAAUAUAUGGACCGGAUUCCCGGACAGGGAUUAUCAUAAACCAGCACUAGGCCUUAGUUAUAUUAAGAUAUUUAAAUAGUUUUUAAAACAUACUUUACAAAGAAAAUAUCACUGUGUGCACCUUGAGACAAUACUGCACUGAUAUAUUUUAAGAUCUGAAUUGAUCAAGACCUCUAGUUAGUCUGAGACAAGGCUUAGCCAAGUUUGGAAAACCGCCCCAUUAUUUUAUCAUUUAAAAAACAUUAAAUUAAUGCUGCAAUAUUAUUUGGUUGAUUGAUUAUCUAAUGAAAUUAUGAUGAAUUCAAUAUUUUUAUCUAAUCAGGAUCAAAUUGCUUGCAACUUUGCAAAUCUCACUUCUUUAUUAGGACUUUCUUAAUAUGUUUUUUAACCCAAAUGACUGCAAAUUCAGAAAAAGUAAAUCUUUCACAUUCAAUUUGACAAAACACAUUUACAACACACCAGCAUCUUAUGAAAAGAAACCUAUAAUUUUUUUUAACAUUUUUGCAAGCAGUAAUUGUAGUUCUGUCCUUCUGGUAAACCUGGUCAGCAGUAUUUACUGUCCGGAAGCGUAUGAUUAUACUUAUGCUCUGGUAUUUCACUGUAAAACCAGACAGCAGUGACCCACUUACAUAAGCACACAGUUAUCUCUUUAAGAAAAAUGUAUAUCUAACCUGGGAUAGCCAUACAUGGCCAUCUACACCCUCUCUCAAACAUCUGUGUGGCACACAGGGCUUGCCAUCUGAUUACACAAACAUUCUUUAUUCCUCACACCCUUGACUAGUAUCUGGUAAAGCUUUUAUAUGUGAAAUGAAUCAGCAGUGGGUUCCGGGGAUCUCUGUUUUAGGCGAUAUAUCAAUCUGUCUGUGAUCAUCUCUUCCCACAGGAUCCCAUCCUUUGCUUUCCCUGUUCUCCUCUAUGGACAUGUUGAGGUCUUGACUAGAAUACAGUCACUUCCAAGAUGUGUAGAAUAGAUGUUACUUUGUAGUCAUGUAGGAAUUCAUUGGUGCAUGAAUGCAAGCACAAAACUAAAAAAAAUAUUUUGAGUGAAAUUUCUAAAUGCAUUUAAAAAAAGUUUAUAGAUUCAUAUACACGAUUCAACACUAAAUACUUUUCAUUCUACAAACAUUAUUUCUGGCCCCAUUUUUGAAUAUGUAUUUGAUAUAAAACAUUUAUUUGGUCACUAUUAUUGUUGAUUCAUUUUUUCUUUGUGUUAAGAUAAAGUGAAAGCAAGUUGGAAUAUGUAAACAUACGGCAAACAGUGCAGCGCUGUGAUGUGAAAUACAAAACCCUUAAGCCUCUGCAUUAACUAAUGAAUUACAUAAUAAAAAGAUGAUUUGUCCCAUUCUUCCUGUUAUUUUAGUCCUCCGUCUCUUCUGCAUUCAGUCUCUCAUUAUAGUCUUCAUGCCAGAUUUGUCCGUCAUACGGGUUAACACAUGUUUCCAUUGUGUUUAGGAACAUGGACAUUUCACAGUUUUGUUUGCUAUGGAGAUUAAUGAAUAAUUGAGCGUGUGUGUUUUUCUGGUUUGCUUUAAAGUCUGUUUGGAAAAUGAUGUCCCUCCUAGUCUCAUUUUCUUAAAUGAUCUGCCCUUCACACCCAGUGUUUUUGGAUAUGAUAUCUGUGUUUUAAUUAUUUCACUUUCACAGAGAGAUUCCACAGAGUUCUGCAUCCAGAAGUUGACUCUUCGGAAAGAUCAUUCAGCAAAGUGACAAAGCCAAACCAGACACGAACAGAUCAGAGGAUCAUUGGAAAGGAUUAAGGUGAUUGAGACAGAUGUCGUCGACAGAUGAAGAGCCGCAGGUGCAGGAGGUGAGGUACAGCCUUAAGACGCUGAGAGAGCAAAUGGCAGCCAGACAGAACAAUACUAACAACAAUACGUUCCCAUCCAGCGUGCACAAGGUCAAUACUGUCAUCAGUAAACCUCACGGCACCAAUGGCUUCUCCAAAUUUCAGGUUAAAGAAGAGGAACGCCUCUGCGUGAGCCUAAGAGAGCUCAUCAAACAUCUGUACACUCGUCUUCAAGAAAUGGAAGAUAGACAUCAGGAAGAGAAAGAGAGACUGCAGAAAGAGAACCGUGAAAUUCAACAACGCUGUUUGGAAGAGCACAACAAUCGUGUGAAGUGGGCUGAAACGAAAGCAGAAGAACAGAGUGGAAACAUGGAAGAGAUGCAGAAGCGUAUGAGUUCUUUGGAGCUGGAAAAUGUCAAGCUACAGGAAAAAUUGGCCGCUUGUGAACUUGAGAAACAGCAGGGAAUAAAAAAAGCAGAUUUUAAGGACAGGUGUUUGCAGCUGGAGGAGGAGCUGGCGUCUGUUAAGAAUACAAACCACAUUUUAAAUGACAUGAUCAAAAGUAUACAGAAGAAAAUCAAAAUCAAUAUUGAACAGGUGCAAAACUCUCGAACCAUCAUCGAACAAAGAAACAGAAAUAUCAAUGACCUUAAAGAAAGAGUUUCAUUUCUUGAAGCUGAGAACAAAGAGAUGCAUGAUCGAGUGGAGUUUUAUAGUGGAAAUCUAGUGCCCAAACCUUAUAUCCCAGACACAGGAUCCAAAGUUGUCUACAGCAAACCUCUGACACCUACAAGCCCAGGAAACAAGUCUUUGCCAUUCAUAAAAGUGAUCGAGACAAAGUCUUGAAUUAUUCUGAUGGAAGAUUACAUGGAAUGAGAAACGCCCCUGUGGAAGAAGCAACAAAUAUUUAAACAUCUCUUUGUUCCGCACAUAGUAUGAGCAGCUUUUUACCUUUCUGUAUGUACAUACAUUUAUGUUUUUUACCUAAUAUGUGUUGCAUUGGGUAUAAUAAACGGUGGUGGAAGUGUUUGUGAAAUGAUGUGUUUCUACAAAAUCUGUCAAUAUUUUUGUUUCGACAUGUAUAAAAUAAGAUAACAAACCUUUGACUGAUCCAGUAGUUUAUUCUGACUGACAGCUGAUUUCUUUAAGCGUGAUGAAGCUGGAAUCAAAUUAUUUGUCCUAGCUAUAUUAUUUAUAUUAUCGUACAUGCCGAUAUUUCUCAGUUAUGAAUCUGUACAUAAACACUAUUGUGAAUAACCAAUUGAACCGUGCAAACCUGCCUUUUUCUUUGGCAACUGUAAUUGUAUUGUAUUAACAUUGCUGGUGUUGUAAAGAAUGAAUUUAUAUGUUACUGAAUUAAGUGCGAGAACUUCCUUUUUAUCCAUCUGUUAUUAAAUGUGAAAGUUGUUCUUGUAGAUGUAAAUGUAGUACUUUGCACUUUUUCUGUAUCUGUAUCUUAAGGGCUAAUAAAUACAACUAUUUAAGAUUAAUCACAGUACGUUUUCUUUUUAAUUGUUUUUAAAAAAUUGACCCGAGGAAAUUGUGAUUUGAUUUUUCUUAGCAUAGCUCUGCAUGUCAAUUUUUGCUAAGAAACAAAUAUUAUGUACAUAUUAUGUAUGUUUUGGAGUUUGUUUAAAAUUGUUUGAUUAUUGUUAAUGGUGGCUGGCAGCAACUUUAACUUAUCAAUGAAGUCUUUUUUUAGUAAUUGUCUCAAAAGACAGGCUAAUAGCUAUAAUGUUUUUAAAUAAAAAUAUAUAACUGUUUGUGGGACAAUAUAUGUUGCUAUAUGUACAAUAUAAGUUGACUUAUGUCCUUGUUAUAAUAAAUGAUACCAAUUAUUUUA